AGUCAUUUUAGGUUACUGCAGCCUGUUCAGCGCUUAGCAGAAAAACACUUGAGGUGUUUCUCUACCAACAAGGAAGGAAGGAAAAGUGCACAGGCGCUGAGCAAAAUUCAAAGCAGCGUUCACAGUUUACUGGUCACCCACUGACACUGGUGUACUCGACAAGGCUUCAGAAAAAUUAGCUGCAGGGAGAAGGGACAGCCAUGAGUCCGCUGUGAUAAUGAGUCGCAUCACGAUAGACAUGAACAGCGGCCAGCCGUGUGCAAAUACCAACACGGAUGAGCCCGAGUACGAUGUGGUGGAUGACCACGAGACGAUGUGCAACGUGCACAUCCUCCCGGCGAGACCCAUCAUCGAUGAGAGAGAGUAUGCAGACAGGGAUCUCCCAAGGUCAGCAUCUUCUCAGAACUUUUCCUGCGUUUCCACUAACCAUCCCAGAUGUCUGUCCAGAAACUUCCCCCGAGUUCCAGGACCGGCUGUAAACAGAGACCUGAAGCCAACUAAAAGAAAAAACAAAUCAAAGACAACUCCCCCACCUCCACCCCCAGAAGACCAGAUCUCACCGAGGUUUGCUCAGUCACCUACACCUUCUGUUCAGGAAAUGAUCGACCGCCUGACUGUGCACACCAUCAUUGAAGAGGAUUUACAUCUGAGGAGGACCGAAUGUGCAGACUCUGAGUCAAGAACCAGAGGUCGACAGAGAGCUGAAAGUCUCUCAGGCGCUUCAAAUAACCAAAGGCAUUCUUUGGAUUUGGAGACGCGGGACUUAGAGAAAGGAUCACAACAGAACAUAGAAAGGGUGCCAUCGAGACGCCAUCACCACGAGUGGCCGCAGACUAAAGACGACAUCCACCAGCAUGAUUUUAUUCCCAUACAAAAGCCACAGACGUACUGUGAAGGAGACUGGUACGUUGGGGCUUGUAAACGCACCGAUGCUGAGCAUGCUUUACAUCUGGUGAACAAGGACGGAGCUUUUUUAGUUCGUGACUGCUCUACCACCAGCAACAGCGAACCCUUGGUCUUGGUUGUGUAUCACGAGAAGAAGGUUUACAAUGUGAAAAUUCGAUACAUAGAGAGCAUCAACAAGUAUGCGCUGGGAACUGGACAAAGAUCCAACGAUGUGUUUGACUCUGUGGCACAAAUCAUCAACUUUCACUCCAUAUUUCCCAUAAUAUUCAUCAGUGGGAGAAAUGUGACCGGAACUAAAUACCCAGAUAACUGUGUCCUGACGUGUCCGAUUACCAAACAAGAUCUGGACCAUCUUCUACAGUAACACUUCAAGAAAAUCGACUAAUUUUAUUUUAACAAAAGUUUUUUUGUUUUUUUUUAAACAGAUUUCAUUUGAGGCUGCAGGCUACUGCCUGGCUGAUCAUUUUUAUCUUUUCUUGACUUAGUAGAAAGUUUUCUGAAACGGAAUACAAAUUUGAUGUUUUUAAUGUUCAGUAUUUGUUUUUGCCAAUCACCUUCAUUUAUUUAUAUUCAAACUGAUGAACAGAUUGCAAAAUAAAAGCUGAAUACAGUCAUUUUCUGAAACUUUACAUUGAAAUAAAUGUUUAAAAAUAAACACGUUUUUGUUGGUCAAAAUCAGGUUAAGCUUGAGCUAAAAAAUGUGAAUAAUGCUUUUUUAAUAUAUAAUGAUAUCUUUACACCUGCAUUCAUUUCUGCAUUAGUUGAAGAGGCCUGGUUGUGUGUAAGGGUGUAUUCAGACCGGACACACUUGGUUAGUCUCCCCCAAUAAUACAGAACAGAACUGUACACCCUGUUACAUCCCCCCACAGCAGAAUAUUGGCAGUCCCUACCAUGGUCAUGAUCGGAAACGUGCUGGAGGCACACCAAAAAUUGUCCCUGCAGAUCGUCUUACAGGUGCAGGAUCUGGUGGGUCCAAGCACUCUGGCAUUGGCAUAGGGACAUGAGCAGGCAGUUCUCUUGGGUUACUGUCCAGUGGCAUUUGCAAAGUUUGCCAUUCUGAAGACAAGAGACUUAUGCACAUUUUUAAAGAGUUCCUAUUCAACACCUUCACAAUCCUUCCCCAUUCAGAUCUCACCCUGUUAACCAAUCCUGUACUACCAACUGCCUUGAGCAUGACGUAGGGUUCAGGGUCCCAACCACCAUGCAGUUUUCCCUGUACCUUUCGGUUUCUAUCUUUAACCCACACACGUUCCCCUACAGGCAAAGGGAUCGCAGUAGCACUUUGAUUAGCGGCUAAAAACUUUGUUUCCACUUGCGACACUAUAUGCAUACUGCAACUUCUGGUGAUGAUAGUGCACUCAACCUGUCAGGCAACCGAUAUGCUUGUGUUUUCCCACCACCAUCCCUAUAUGGAAGGCGAAGAUGGUGCCCAAACAUCAAAUAGUAUGGAGUUAAACCUGUUGCACUGUGUAUGCUGUUAUACUUAUAACAACUCUAUUUACUGCAUAAAAGCUUAAAUGUUGAGAAAAGCAAUUCCUAAACAUGCCACUCAAAGAAAAACAGUGCCAGAGGAAUAUGAGGACUUGAGGAAGAUGCUUGAUUUUGUGCUGGAAGAGAUCAAAGCUAUAAAGAUUGCUCCCGGACAAAUUCUGGAUGCAAUCGAAGAGGGGAAGCAGGUCCGGGCUCUGCAGGUGCGAACUGCAGGCACUUUAACAUUGGGAGUUGGGUCAUCUAGACCCACUAGACAGUGCGCUGAACCUUUUU